AUGGUUGAUAGAACAUUUUUAAAGUUUAUUUUUAUUUGUACAUCAAUAGCAUUUGCCUGUAACUUUCAAUAUGGUUUUUCAACGGUUUAUGUUAAUACACCUGUUAGUGAGUUUAAACAAUUUUUUAAUGAAAGUCAAAUAAAACGAGGAAAGAUUUUAACUGAAAAUUUUUAUGAUUCAAUAUGGAAUUGGACAUUAAAUGUUUGGUUUAUUGGAUUUUUUAUUGGAAUAUGGAUCAAUCCAAUUUUUUGUGAUAGAUAUGGAAGACGACUAACAUUCUUGCUUGCUAAUAUUUUAUCAUUAUUUGCAAGUUGUAUAAGAUGUCUAGCAAUAAAAAUUUAUGUCUAUGAGUUACUUAUUGCUGGAAGAAUUUUAAUUUCUAUAGCUACAGCAGUUACCUAUCAAUGUCAAAUAUUAUAUCUUCAGGAGUCUUCACCAACAAAUUAUAGAGGAAUUGCUGGUUUUAUUUCUGAAAUAUCAUUUGCCAUUUCAUGUUUAAUUGGAAUGUUUUUAGGAAUGUCAAAUAUUUUAGGUUCAAAUUUAUUUUGGUUUUUAUUUUUUCCCAUAAUUCCUUGUUUUUUGUCUGUAAUUGCUAUUUGGUUAAUGAAAGAAACUCCAAAAUUUUUACUUAUUGUUAAAAAAGAUUAUGUAUCAACUAAAGAUUCAAUUAUUUUUUAUCAUGGUAAAGAUGCUGAUUAUGAAAGUGUAAUGACUGAGAUUAAACUUGAAUCAAGAUAUGAUGAUGAGACAAAAUCUUUUGUUAAAUUAUUUAAAAAUUUUCUUGGUGAAAGAUAUUUAAUAAAAGCAUUAAUAUUAAGUUGUUGUGCAUUACAAAAUACUGUAGCAUUAUGGUCAAUUUUAUUAUCAUCUACAACAUUUUUAUUAUCAGUAAAUUUAGAAAAUAGUAUAUCUGAAUAUUCCUCAACAUUAAUGGCAUUAUGUUAUGUAAUAGGAACAUUAAGUGGUUCAAUUGUAAUUGAAAAAUUUGGAAGAAGACCAAUGUUAUUAGGUUUUUCAAGUACAAAUUCAAUUGUUCUUGUUAUUUUUGCAAUAUUUUCUAUAUUAAAUAAUCAAAUUUAUUUUUCAAAAUAUAUAUGCCUUAUAUCAUUACUUUUAUAUGCAUUUACAUAUGGAUGUGCUGUUGGUCCUAUAUCAUGGUUUAUUUCUAGUGAGCUUGUUGAUCAAAAAUAUAGAUCAUUUAUUCAAUCAUUAUGUUAUGCUUUUAAUACAGUGAUGGUUGUAAUUACAUCGUUUAUCGUUUUACCUUUAUUUAAUACAAUUGGAGCAUAUACAUUUUUAAUUUUAUAUGUCUUACCAUCAACUUUUUGCUUAAUGCUAUUGUUCCUGUAUCUACCCGAAACUAAAGGUAGAGAAAUUCAUGAAAUAAUUGAACAACUUAAAAAUCAAAAAUGGUUUAGAACUUUUUAA